AUGGAUUUUGAAAAAAUAGCUUAGGAAGUAUUUGAAUACUAGAAUUAAUUGCGAAUGGAUCCUACUAUUGCCAUACCACCAUUAGAAGCAAGAUUGAAAUAUUUUAAAGGGAAUAUCUUGCAUAUGCCUGGUUAGAAACCACUUUAAUACAAGGAAGGAGCUCCUUGUGUUUAAGAAUGUAUUGACUUUUUAAAAACUUAACCUCCUUUGCCUCCAUUUCAAUAUGAGAAAGGAUUAGAAUUAUCAGCUAGAGAUCAUGGAAUUGAUUUAGGUAAUUGUGUAUGUCAAAUUUAUCUUAGGUAAGAAUGGGAUAACUGGUCAUACAGGCUCUGAUGGAUCCAAUACUUCCAAAAGAAUUAGUCGAUAUGGAUUAUGGAAACCUGGACCUGCUGGAUAGAAUAUUAGUUAUGGUAAAUUAACAGGAUAGGAAGGUAAUUAAUUGUGAAAUUAAUAAAGUAUUGUUGUAACUUAUAGUUGAUGAUGGAAAACCAGAUAGAGGACAUAGACAUAAUGUUUUUGAUAAGGAUUACAAAUUGGUAGGAGUUUAUGUUGGUGAACACAUUAAAUUCAAAUACAUUGCUGUUAUGGAUUAUUCAAAGAAGUUUAUUAUGAAGGGUCAGAAAAAGCAAAAUAAAUAGAAACUGGAGUAAUAAGAAAAUGAAUUAAUUGAUGAGGUUGAAAAAGUUAAUUUGGAUGAUCAAGAAUAAGAAGAUACAGAUUAAAACGUAUAAAUUAAAGAAGGAAAUGUUUAAGGUGAUGAUUGUAUUGAAGUUGGUGCUGUAGAAUCGAAUGAUUUUUAAUAAAUAUUAGAAUAAUAGUAGAAAGAAGAAGAUUAAUUAGAAUAAUAAGAUGAAUAAUAAUAAGAAUAAGAUGAAUCAAAUAAUGAUAAAUAAACUCAAAAUAAAGUGGUUAAACCUGCUGGAUGUAUCAAAAUUAUUAAGAAAAUUAAAUAAAUUACUCAAAAUGGAGUCAAAAUGAAAUAGAUUACAUAUGUUUUUAAAAUGAAAGAUGGAACUGAAUAAACAUAAAUUAUAUUAGAAUGA